GGGGCCGGGGCCGGGGCUGGGCCCGGGUGAGCGGGGCCGGGCUGGGGUCCCUGCGGACCCGGGCGGGGGUCCGUGCGCGGCCCACGCGGGUCCCCAUUCCCUGCGGCCAUUGCUGAAGCCCCGGUGCGAGCGGGCCCGGCCGGUAACCGCCCGUUCCGGUCCGCAGGCAUGUGGUCCGUGCUGUGGGCGGCCGUGCGCUCCAAGGCCCCGUACGUCACCUUCCCGGUGGCCUUCGUGGUGGGGCUGGUGGGCUCCCAGCUGGAGUGGUUCCUGCGCGGAGACCCUCCGCCCACGGCCCAGGAGGAGAAAAGCAUCUCGGAGCAGCGGGAGGACCGCAAGCUGCAGGAGAUCGUGGGCGAGGACCUGACCAAGGUGGUGAGCCUGAAGGACAAGCUGGAGUUCGCCCCUCGGGCCGUGCUCAACAGGAACCGGCCCGAAAAGACUUAAUAAAGAGUGAUUUGGGCAAAGGCGGUGCCCUGGAGCUGGGGACUCCCCUGACACCUGCACUGCUUCCACCAGCCUCCCUCCUGCACUUGCUGCUCCUCACCGGAGGGUCAGGUUUGAUUUCUUCCAUGGUGUGAAGGUAGAAGUUUGGACCUGAGUGCUAUGGGAUGGGGUCAGGCUGACCGCCAGUGACAGGAAGAACUGCUGCCCUGCUUCCAGAUCCCCUGUGGCUCUUGAUGAACCCCAAUACAGCCCCACGCCACAAUGUACUACAGCAGCCAUGGCCCCCUCCCUGCAUCAUCCCACCCAGCAGCGGUGACAGGGGGAGGUGAAAGUCUUGGUCCUGCUCCGUUGUGGUGCUCUGAGUGUGGCGACGUGUUGGGAAUGGGGACAUCUCUGCCCUCUGCACAAUAAACUUCUGUCAGUU